CCAGCAGCUUCCGGUUCGUGACCAACGUGGGUUUUUUUCUUCUUCUUCAGACUCUUUGCUGGAGACGCGCAGACAUGCCCCUUGCAAAAGAUUUGUUGCACUGCAGUCCUGAGGAGGAGAAGAGGAGACACAAGAAGAAACGGCUGGUACAGAGUCCUAACUCCUAUUUCAUGGAUGUCAAAUGUCCAGGUUGCUACAAAAUCACCACAGUAUUCAGCCAUGCUCAGACAGUAGUGCUGUGUGUCGGCUGCUCCACGGUCCUGUGCCAGCCGACGGGAGGGAAAGCUCGCCUGACAGAAGGAUGCUCUUUCAGGAGAAAACAGCACUAGUCUGACCAAACCUGGCUGCACAGUUGAGAAGGAGAACUUGAUGGACAUCAGGUGACACUGGCAAAUAUGUAACUUGGGGAAAAGGAAAAUGACAACAGGGAUGAGUCCUGCUGAAGUGACUGGCCUGACUGGAAUCCCUUAAACAUCUAAUACCUUCUGAUUUUUUAUCUCUAAAUAAACCUGGGGUUCUUGUGAUUAAAUCAUGUCACAUUUGUCAUCCUGUUUGUUGCUCUUUAACCUUUGGCAGUUCUUGAAUCCCACACCCCCUCAUCGAUGAGGUGUAUUUAAUUUGAAGCUCUGGAUCAGGAUUCAUUGCUUUAAGCCACUAAUUUAUAGGAAAUUGAUGUUUAGAUAUGAGGUUUUGCUACUUAACAAAAUGGAUUAAUGCAGAUCCUUUUUGAAAACACUAACGGUGUGUCUAUGAAAAUGGAAAAUCUGAGGCCGAAGCUACAGAUUAGCUUUGCUUUUAUGCAAGUCCGCAGUGAAGACUGUAAGACCAGUCUUCAUCACGCUGAGGAUUGUUUAAGGAAAUGCCGCACCCAGAGGUGAUAUGUUAAAUAAAAAUGAGGAGUUUCGCUGUAAGGUUGAGCAUUCAAGCCUCCUGUGGGAAUUAAGUGGGAUGAAUUGAGUUAGGAAGGAAUGUGAAUAUUUGAAGCACCUUUCUUCUGAAGUUUGGGGGGUUGUUGGCCAUCUGUAAUGCCUUUCGGGUGAACACUAAAUCAUCUGAAGGGGCAAAUGAUUCAAUGAUAAUUUCAUUGUUUCUUAUGCUUCUUGUGGCUUGCUUGUGUUGUGUGGACACAACUUGUGAAUAAAAUCAUGGGAAAAGUGA